AUGAACGUCGGAGUGAAUGGAGGUCGCUUCGAUUUUGAUGACGGCGGUACCUAUUGUGGGGGAUGGAAUGAUGGUAAAGCACAUGGACACGGUGUUUGUACAGGUCCUAAAGGUCAAGGUGAAUAUUCGGGUGCAUGGCAAUUUGGUUAUGAAUUUUCGGGCAUCUAUUUAUGGCCGGCAGGAAACUCAUAUGAAGGACAAUGGAUGAGUGGAAAACGACAUGGAUUGGGUGUUGAGAAAAAAGGAAGAUGGAUAUAUAAAGGCGAAUGGACACAAGGCUUUAAAGGACGAUAUGGUAUACGUGUAUCGGAUAUUUCAGGCGCUAGAUAUGAAGGCACAUGGGCAAAUGGCCUUCAAGAUGGAUAUGGAGUUGAAAUAUAUGCAGAUGGUGGUAUUUAUCAUGGUCAGAUACAACAAGGAUUACGCCAUGGUUUUGGUAUCCGACGAAGUGUACCAUAUGGUGUUGCAUCACGUUAUCGAUCAAAAGAUGUACGCGAUUCUUUAACAUCACUUCGUUCAGAAGAAGAUGAUGAACGAACACAACGUGAACGAGACAAACGUAUGGAUGACAAUCGUGGUGGAUUUGUAUUACGUUCAAGAUCUGAACCACAUGAUCCAUCAUCUCGUAGUGCUAGUCAAGGACCACGUCGUGGUUCAUUAUCAAAUAGUGCCGACCGUCGUACAUCAUUACGUAAAACUCUUCUAUCAAAAUUACGUAAACAAAAAUCUACGAGUGAUAUUGAAGAUUUAUCGAUAACAAAAAAGACAAGUUCAUUUCGCUCAACAGCAAGUACAGUUAGUGGUGAUUCAAAGCAUUCAGUUAAAACAGCUACAAUAAUGUCAUCACAUCCAAAUACACCCAAUUCAUUUGGUACAUUAGAUGAUGGUGAUCAUUCAUUUAUAUCUCAAGAUGAUAUACUUGAUAAUAAUGUUGUUGAAACAUAUAUGGGUGAAUGGAAAGCUGAUAAACGUACUGGAUUUGGUAUAGCUGAACGUUCAGAUGGUUUAAAAUAUGAAGGUGAAUGGUUUAAUAAUAAGAAGAAUGGUUAUGGAGUUACAACAUUUCGUGAUGGUACUAAGGAGGAGGGAAAAUAUAAAAAUAAUGUUUUGGUAACCGAUAAACGUAAACCAAGUAAAUUAUUUUUAAUUCGUUCAUCUAAAUUUCGUGAUAAAAUUGAUGCUGCUCUUAAUCAUGCAAUGAAAUUUGCAACAUCAGCACAACAAAAGGCUGAAAUUGCUAUGGCGAGAGCAAAUAAUGCUCGUUCAAAAGCUCAUUCAGCUGAAAUUUAUGCAAAACAAGCUCGAAAUGAUAGCGUUGAAGCUCGAUCAUGUGCUAAAGCAGCUGCUCCUGAUUUUCGUCAACCAGGUGAAGAAAAACCACAACCAUUUAUCUCAUUAGAUAUUGAUCGACAAAUUGAUGGAAAAUCACUUCCAAACAAUCACAUCAAUAUCAGUCCACCAAAUGGUCGUUUACAAACGCCAUCAAACUAUCCUCCAAAUAGGCCAAUACCAUUACCAUCACAUAUACCUCAAUCUCAUCCAAGUACAACAACAACACCUUCAUCAUUGCCACUAGAUGGUGGAGUUUAUCAAGGUCUACCACCAACACAAUCUACUAAUCGGAAUGCAAAUACAAAACCUUUUGGAUCACCAUCUUCUACAAUUCCCAUGCAUCAACAAUCUCAAGAUUAUUAUCGUGAUGUUAAUCAACUUCAAUCACAUCAUCCACACAAAACUACGCCAGCAACACCCUACAAUGAAACAUCCGAUUCACAUACAGGUGUAUCCGUGUCUAAACAUCAUUCUAAUUUAACUCAACAAUUACCUCCCGAUAUUUUAAUACCAAAUAAUUCAAAUUAUGAUUAUGGUCGUAAUGCAACAAUACCAACGAAUUUUAAUCCAGUAUCUCCAUCACGAUCAUCUCCUUCACAAUUUGUACAGAAUGCCGUCGGUGUAGGACAACGCUCAACAUCUAAACGAAAUACAUUUAAAAGGACUACUCGUGUCGAUGCAUCAAACGAGGAUCUUCAUGAUCCACAACAAUUUAUUGAACAUCCUCAUCAAUUAAAACAACAUGAAUAUAAUCAACCGUCGUCAAAUAUUCAUGCUCCACAACCUAUACGUCAUACAUCUGGUCAACGAUCAAAUUUACCACCAUAUAUGUCUGGAAUUAAUACUAGUAGUGUUCAACAUAAUCUUAUAUACGGUGCUCAUGAUUCAGGUAAUCAAAAUUAUCCAUCAAUACCAAAAACAUCAAUGGUUGAACAAUAUGAAGUUCCACAACCAAUUCCUAUUCCAAGACGAAAAUCUUUACCGAGUAUUGUUAAAACUAAACCAGGUGAUUAUAAAAUCGAUGAAACCGCUCGAUCAAGUGAUAAUUUACAAGAAAAAGAAACAUUUAUUAUUGAAAAUGGUAUACGUAAACGUGUCACUGGAUUAGCACCCACUUAUACAGAAAGUGGUACACCUAUACCACAAGCAACUGUGAUGACGAGCAGUAGUGGUUCACCUACUCUUGCUCGUCGUGUUAUUCUCGAAAGUGUUAAACGAGUUGAUGGACCAACAUCAACUACGAGUGGUACCGGUGGAAAUCAACGUGGUAGUAUGCCAACAAUUGUUACUGUUGCUAGACAACGUCAAGCAGCUCCUAGUAUAUCAAGAGAAGAAGCAACGAUACUCGGUUCUCAACGACGAGAAGAAUUACGACGUUUACGUGAUCGUGAUUCAACUACUUUUGGUCGUCUUAAAACUUUGUUACAGUCUAAAACUUCUACUACUGGUUCAACUAACACCGCCAAUAUGCAUGUAUCUACUCAAGAGACAUCAGUACAAACGGACGAUCGUGUUGGUGACAUUCAGAAUGUCAUCUAUCGAAAUCGAGUGUUUAUUGCCAUUUUCUUUCUAAAUUUAUCCCUUGCUCUUUGGUUCAUUCAAUUGUUGAGAUGA